AUGGCGCACUUCUCAAGAGGCUUGAGUUCCUCCGCGCACGCCCCCAGCGAUACUCAGGACGGUUCUUCUGCACCACUCCGAAACCAACGCGAGCCUCGUACCAGUGUGUUUGCUCAACCUCCUCAUUCUUCCAAUCCUCCGGGGCCUGAGCACAGAGACGUGGGUAGUGGCUAUAGUGGUGACCGACACGACCAUCAAGAACAGCCUUCGGAACAGUCGUCUGCAGCGCCGCGUACUUAUUCUCCAUUCUCCGAGCUGCAUGUGUCCAGAAGAGACAACGGCCGAGCUUCAGAGACUUCGUUCACCAACGAUGGUGAUUUGUCACUGAAUGCGGUCAGGAACCGACAGAAGGCGACAAAGAUCACAUCCAUCGAGGACUGGCAGAUUACGUGUCAAGAUCAACAAGAUAGGAUCAAGGAUCUAGAGACGCGAAUAGCGAGACUUCAAGAAGCCACAGGCCCUGGCCGCAUUCAAGACAGUAAUGCCCAAGGUCAGGAAGAUGGAAGCACCAAUGGUCGGCCUGCAGCGGUCUCAGAGAACGCUUCGCUAAUGCACCAUCGAAAAGCAAAGAUGAACGCGCAGAAGGAAGCUGCUAGAGAGAGUCUCUAUGAAAGCCCUCUCUCUACUGCUGGCAAGGUCGAGGAGUUAGCAGUAGAGCUAAAGCGCUACACUUGGGGACGCUCGGGGCACGUUCCUGUGCAGAUCGCCGAAUUGAAGGCUGAACGGUGUAGUGUGAGACAUGAGACUCUCUUGAGGCUGAUCAGAGACCAGAAGAGGUUAGAAUAUCUUAAGGGGCAAGUGGAGACUGCAAUCAGUGAUAGGGAAGGCCUGGUCAAUGACUUGAUGGAUUCGGAGGAAUAA